UCCUGCUCCCGCCAUGGGUGUCUCGCCCCUGCUCCUGUCCUUGCUGUCGCUCAUGUGCGGCCCGUGGCUCAAGCCAGGGAAUGGACAGGCUACUAGCAUGGUCCAGCUGUCAGGUGGGAGAUUCCUGAUGGGAACAAAUUCUCCAGAUGGCAGAGAUGGUGAAGGACCUGUCCGGGAAGUGACAAUAAAACCCUUUGCCAUAGACAUAUUUCCUGUCACCAACAAAGAUUUCAGGGAGUUUGUCAGGGAGAAAAAGUACCGGACAGAGGCUGAGAUGUUUGGGUGGAGCUUUGUGUUUGAGGACUUUGUCUCCAGUGAGAUAAGAAACAAAGUGACCCGGCAAAUGGAGCCUGUUCUCUGGUGGCUUCCAGUGGAAAAGGCAUUUUGGAGGCAGCCUGCAGGUCCUGGCUCUGGCAUCCGAGAGAGACUGGAGCUCCCAGUGGUACACGUGAGCUGGAAUGAUGCUCGUGCCUUCUGUGCUUGGCGAGGGAAACGGCUGCCCACUGAGGAGGAGUGGGAGUUUGCUGCCCGAGGGGGCUUGAAGGGUCAGGUUUACCCUUGGGGGAACCAGUUUCAGCCAAACCGCACCAACCUGUGGCAGGGAAAGUUCCCCAAGGGUGACAGAGCUGAGGACGGCUUCCAUGGCGUCUCUCCAGUGAAUGCUUUCCCCCCACAGAACAACUACGGGCUUUAUGACCUCGUGGGCAACGUGUGGGAGUGGACGGCAUCGCCAUACCUGGCUGCAGACCAGGACAUGCGUGUCCUGCGGGGGGCAUCCUGGAUUGACACAGCCGAUGGCUCCGCCAAUCACCGGGCUCAGGUCACCACCAGGAUGGGCAACACUCCAGACUCAGCCUCGGACAACCUGGGCUUCCGCUGUGCUUCCAGUGCAGGCCGACCUCCUGGGGAGCUGUGAGCAGCCAUGCAGAUGAGAACAGUGCCCUGUGGCACCUCUGUCCUUCCCUGGCCAUAUUCUGAACACAGCCAAACUCCAGGCUCUCCAACUUCAGCCUCAGGAAUGGCCUCCUG